CGCAUUCUCCGCUCCGCUUCCCCUUCUCUCUCUCUCCUCUCGCUCGCUUUCUCUCUCCUCCAGCGCCGCCGCCUCGGGGACGCCCCGGUCGGCGAUGUGGCGGGAGCAUGGUGGGCGCGCUCCUCAGGCUCCUCUCUGCGUGCGGCGGGGUCUGGCCCACCUCCCCGGCGCCCGCGCAGUCGUCUACGGCCAACGCCUCCGCGGCGGAGCACGCCGCUGAGGGCCGCGAUGGGCUCCUCUGGUGGCGGGACCUCGCGCGCUGCCACGCCGGGGAGCUCUCCGUCGCCGUCGUGCAGGGGAACAACGUGCUGGAGGACCAGUGCCGCGUCGAGUCGGCCCCGCCCCUCGGCACCUGCCUCGGCGUCUUCGACGGCCACGCCGGGCCCGACGCCGCCCGCUUCGCCUGCGACCACCUCCUCCACAACCUUCGAGAGGCCGCGUCAGGGCCGGAGGGCGUCACGGCUGACGCAAUCAGGGACGCGUUCCUGGCCACGGAGGAAGGCUUCCUCGCGCUCGUCUCGCGCAUGUUGGAGACGCAGCCGGACAUCGCCACCGUCGGUACUUGCUGCCUCGUCGGAGUCGUGCAUCAGAGGACGCUCUUUGUAGCCAACCUGGGGGAUUCUAGGGCUGUUCUAGGGAAGAAGGUUGGUCGCACUGGUCAGAUUACUGCCGAGCAGCUAUCUAGCGAGCAUAAUGCCAAUGAAGAGGGUGUCAGGCAGGAGCUCAUGGCUCAGCACCCAGAUGAUCCGCAGAUUGUUGCUCUUAAACAUGGUGUCUGGAGAGUGAAAGGCAUCAUACAGGUGUCGAGAUCGUUAGGUGAUGCAUACUUAAAACGCGCACAGUAUAACACGGAGCAGAUCAAACCGAAGUUCAGGCUCCCCGAACCAUUCAGCAGGCCUAUAUUGAGUGCCGACCCAUCUAUCAUCUCACGUUGCCUUCAACCAAGUGAUUGCUUCAUCAUAUUUGCCUCUGAUGGUUUGUGGGAACACCUGAGUAAUCAGCAGGCUGCCGAGAUUGUUCACAGCCAUCAACGAGCUGGAAGUGCAAGAAGGCUCAUAAAGGCAGCUCUCCAUGAAGCAGCACGAAAACGUGAGAUGCGUUAUUCGGACCUUGUGAAGAUUGACAAGAAGGUUCGCAGGCAUUUCCAUGACGAUAUCACUGUCAUCGUCUUAUUCAUAAAUUAUGACCAAUUAACGAAAGGUCAUUCACAAGGACAAUGUCUAUCCAUCAGAUGUGCCUUAGGUUACAUGGACCCGGCCGCCGCCGCCGCCGCCGAUGGGGGCGCCUUCCUCGAGUUCGUCGACUACGCCAUCUCCAUGCUUUCGUCGUCGUCCUCCUCCGGGGAAGGGGACGACUCCCCCGGCACCGGGCCAGCGCCUGCGCGGCCGCCGUGGGGUUGGGCGGUGGCGCAGGUGCUCAAGUCCUGCUGCGCUUACUCCAGCGGCGUCACCGCCGCCAUCCUGCUCUCCGAUCUCUUCCAGUCUUGGACAGAACAACGUAAAUCUCUGACUGCAAAGAGGAAAGUUGAAUUGACCAAUCUUCUAAAAACAAGAAAUAGAAGGAGGCGACUUCCUAAUACUAUCACAAUCGAUUCUAUCCAUGAGAAGAACUUCCUUUCUCCUAAGAGUGUCCUUGAAGCUGUUGUCAUCGACGUGUUUGUCAUUCCUGGUACAAACAUAUACAUGCUUACCUUGGGAGACAUGUGGAGCACGUCCACUAUCGAUCUAUAUCUACACCGAAGGUGCUACAAUUACAUUGGACAACAUGGUGUGUUGAAGAAGGGCCGAGAAGUUAUGCUCACAGGAUGUUGCCUACGUACAGCUAUGGAGGGGUCAGGCCAUGCUCGUAUUUUGCCAACAGAAUACAUGGUGAUGUUACUUGAUGAGGAUGAAGAUGAAGAUGCCAUGUUACUUGCUGCACAGUUUUGCACAUAUUCUUUCUCAUCUAUGAUGCUAGAUGAGAACAGAAACAAUAUUUCCUACUCGUUUUAUGCCAGGAUCGAGAAGAUUGAGUCUUUAGAAAAUUUUGGGUCAACGGAAAGAAAGCAGAUUAUACUUGUUGACAAUGAUGAUGCAAAGAUAAAAUUUGUUUUAUGGGGGGAGCAGGUUUUGCUUGCAAAUCUUUUCAGUGUAGGGAGCAUGCUUGCACUGGACAGACCUUUUAUUUCAAAUUGUGUGCACAAUAAUCACGAGGAGUCUCAGGAAAUUUGCCUUGAAUAUGGCAGUGCAACACAGGUUUACUUGGUGCCUAUUGCUCAGCAGGAGGAACAGGUACUUCUCACACCUUCCCAAAUAAGGAGUCAAGGACCUCGACCAUCAUGUGUUCCAAAUGAUCUUAUGGCUUCACAAGUAACAUUACCACGUGAUUUGCAUGGUUCAGUUGAUUUCAGCAGAUAUCCAUUUCGAGUGCAUGUAAAUGAUCUUCAUGAUAAAAUGGUUGGAAUUAGUCUGUUUGGCACUGUGGCAAGUGUUUGCAAAGCAAGCGCGUCAGGAGAUUUCUUUUACUUGGAGAUAGAAGAUGCAACAGGAGUUGCCCUGAUGAAACUUAAAUUUAUUGGACUCUGGUCGUUGGGCAGAGUAGGUAUUGGUCAUAUGGUAUACAUCUCUGGUUUGACUUGUAACUUGAGUUCAAAAAACAUUCUUGAAGUCUCUUGGACCGAAAAGGAGCCAGGGUCUCUAUUUGUUAACUUAAGCUUGCUGCCAGCACUUCUUAAUUCAACAUGCCUACAUACUUUAUCACUUUUGUCGGAUCUUCCCCAUUCAACUAAUAGAAUACAUAUAUGCCGUGUUCGGCUUGACCACAUUGAUGUCAACAGUUUAAAGGUAUUAUUAUUCCACAAUCUUUGUGGAUGCGUUGUGAUUGAUCAAUCUGGAGGGCUUCAGUGUUCCUUCUGUAAGUGUGCAUGCCAUAGUGGUGGAUGCACACAUGGCUUUCAGCUGCACUUGACCAUUGCAGAUGACAGUGAAAAGGUUUUUGCCUGGUGCCUUGGGCAAACAGCCGUAGAGUUUCUUCAAAUAUCUCCUGAUGAAUUUAUGGAGCUCCCUGAGGAUGAACGAGCAAUGUAUCUCUACACUCUUCCGAAUGAGAGCUUUACCGUCGCCAUUGCAAAUACCAGCAACCGCAUUGAUGAAUAUAUUGAAGACGAUACAACACUUCCAGUAUGGGAGAUCACAAGAGCACAAAAAUGCGAGUGAGAUCCUUAGGUGGAAUUUCCUAGAACUAGCUUAGGAAGAAAGGUUAAGUUUAAGAUACAUCCAGCAUUAUUUUGGAAGCGAGGUUCUGAUGCAAACUAUUCAUAUUAAUGGAACCAAAGCCUAGUGAAAGCUGACUCGAUGAUCUUGUAGUCUUCUGUUCAUAUGAUGCCGCUUGCGAGGCCCAAUUUUUACCAGCAGAAUUAGCUGACUACUUGAGAACUCUCUAUAUAGAAAUGGGAUACUCGGAUUUUUGCGAUCACUUGUGAUCAAAUCUGCU